GCCUCUCCUUUUCUUCCUCUUGUCAGUGUAUGACUACAUGUAUCAUGGGAUGUAUAUUCUCUGUUGGAGUAGGAGUUUAUUUUUGUCGUGAUUCUCUCGAUUUUUUUUAUUUUCUAACAAUCAAGUAUGAUACUGAAUGACAAUAAAAAUAUACGUAUUACUCUUAUGAAGUGUACGUGAUAACAACAAUUGAAUAAUCAAAAUGACGUGGAAAAAAUGUAAUCCCUAUUGGGUAGUAGCAAUAUACAACUUUUGGCAAAAUGAUCAACACUGUUUAUAUUUGAUGGUUGGAGAUGUAGUCAAAGUACUGAGUGAAUCUGAUAAUUGGUAUUAUGGCCAGCAUAAGCAUAAAGGAACAAAGGGUAUUUUUCCAAAGACAUUUGCACACAUUUUGCCACAGCCCGCAACUUCAGAAGCAUUAUUGCAUGAAAUCACCAGUGUAUUGAGAGAAUGGGGACAUCAUUGGAAACAUUUAUAUGUGAUACAUUCGGAAAAUUUUUCAACAAUUCAACAGCAAAUACUCGAAUUAAUAAAUUACCGAAGUCAAAUUCUAAGUGGUACUCUAACAGUUGACGAAUUAAAAGAUGUCAAACGAUCAGCAACGGCACGUGUGGAUGCCGGAAAUCAGUUACUUGGUUUAGACAUGGUUGUAAGAGAUGAUCAUGGCAAUAUAUUAGACCCAGAAAAAACAAGUACAAUCCAGUUAUAUUAUCAUCAUCAAAUAGCUUCCGAAAGGAUAAAGAAAACGACAACGGACAUAAAAAAGAAGUCGAUAAAACCACAAGUGCCUGUUUAUUCCCAUGUGUUUUUUGUUAGUGUUCGUAAUUUUGUAUGCAAAAUGACUGAAGAUGUUGAAUUAUUAUUAACCUUAUAUGAUAGUAAGGAAGGAAAAGCCAUAGCCGAAAAUUACGUAGUGUCAUGGAGCAAAGAAGGAUUAGCUAGGGAUAUAGAUCAACUUCAUAAUUUACGGGUUCUUUUUACUGACCUUGGAUCUAGAGAUCUAACACGGGAAAAAGUUUAUUUAGUUUGUUAUGUUAUAAGAAUUGGUGGCAUGGAGGCAAAAGAGCUUGAUCAUCGGCGUUCGAGCAUUGUGACUAGUAAUCCUAAAGUUAAAAGUCAUUUCGAUAAUAUGCGAAGACCUUUUGGGGUAGCUGCAAUGGAUAUAACUCUUUACAUAACUGGAAAAUUGGAAGGUGAUGUCGAACAUCAUCACUUUAUUCCUUUUGUACAAUGUUGUGAGAAAGAAAGUCUGGAUGGAACGUUAAAGCGAAUUUUGGCACAAAAAGAUACUAACACGCAAAGAAAUAGUGGAGGGAAUGGUGGCAAUCAUGUCGGAGGGCAAGGACUGUGGGCCAGUUUAAAAUUACUUAGAGGAGAUACAAAACAAGUUCGUGAAGAAUUCCCGCAUCUGGUGUUAGGAAAUGUUGCAAUAUCACGAAAAAUGGGAUUUCCUGAAGUUAUUUUACCUGGAGAUGUACGGAAUGAUUUAUAUUUAACUUUGAUAUCAGGAGAAUUUAGUAAAGGUUCGAAAUCUACUGAUAAAAAUGUUCAAGUUACUGUGAAAGUGUGUAAUGAACAUGGUGUACCGAUUCCUGGUGUUAUCACUCUUGGUGGUGGAGCUCGAUUUAUCGAUGAAUAUCGUAGUGUAAUUUAUUAUCAUGAAGAUAAACCAAGAUGGUGUGAGACAUUCAAAAUAGAAAUUCCAAUCGAAGAGUUCAAAUUGGCUCAUUUAAAAUUCACAUUCAAACAUCGAAGUUCUAAUGAGGCUAAAGACAAGUCGGAAAAACCUUUUGCAUUAAGCUACGUCAGACUUAUGCAAAAGAAUGGAACGACUCUUCAAGACACACAGCACGAAUUACUUGUAUACAAAUUAGACCAAAAAAAAUACGAAGACAAUGAUAUCACUUAUUUGAAAUUACCAUCAACACGGAAUGAAUUAAAUGAAUCGUAUGUAGAGAAGAAACAAACGUUCGGAGCAUUGAGCUUAGCAUCAAAGGAUACAUUUUUCAUUGCAACAAAUGUUUGUUCUACAAAACUUACACAGAAUGUUGAUUUACUAGGGUUACUCAACAGUUCAUCUAGGCCGACUGAUUUGGAAGAAUCUCUCAAUGCAUUGAUGAAGGUCGACGGUGAAGAAGUUGUGAAAUUUUUACAAGAUGUUUUAGAUGCGCUAUUCAACAUUUUAAUCAAUAAUAGUGAUAAUUAUUUAUAUGACAAUAUGGUGUUCGAAUGUAUUUUGUAUAUAAUCGGUUUAGUAUCUGAUAGAAAGUAUCAACAUUUUCAACCAGUUUUAGAUUUAUACAUUUCUGAAAGUUUUUCUGCAACAUUGGCCUAUAAAAAAUUAAUUACUGUUAUAAAAACACGUAUUGAUAAUGCAAAUGUUUGCCAAGGUCAAGAGAGAGACGUGUUAUUAAAGACAAUGAAAAGUUUGCAAUACUGCAUGCGAUUUAUUGUGAAAUCAAGACUACUUUUUACGGAACUCUAUCCGGAUGAAGAAGAUUUUUGCGAAAUGCUUACAGAUUUAUUGAAAUCAAUUGUCAACUUGAUGAAACAUGAAACUGACGCUACUCUACUAGUUCAAGGUGCCUGUUUAAAAUACAUUCCGUCUACAAUACCUCAUCUCUUACAAGUUUAUAGUGGAAAAAAAUUAAGCUUAAUUCUGACGGAUUUAUUAACAACAUUACCGUCUGGGAGAUUGACUAAACAGAAGAUGAUGACUGUCAAUGAUAUUGUUCAUAGCCCAUUAUUUCUAUGGGUUGAUUGUAGAGCAAUUCUUUUACCAAAAAUUACUUUACUUAUUCGUAAUCUUCUAGAAGCUAAAGAAGAGGGACUGUCAGGUACGCCUGGAAAAAGUGUGGCAAAAGUAGCCAGGCUUCUUGGUGAAAAUCGUCAUCGACUCAAUCAACAUCGGGGUUAUUCCGAAGAGGUGGAACUCUGUGUGAAAAUUUUAUCAGAUAUUUUGGAAUUAACUUUCCGAAAGGAUGCUGGUCCAACUAUUUCAGACAUUAAAGAAAUUAUGUUAACUGCUCUGAGAACAGUCAUUCAAACAGUAAUAUCAAUGGACCGAGAGAAUCCAUUGGUUGGACAUUUAGUAUCUGUGAUGCUUGCAAUAUUUAGACAAAUGUCACCUCAUCAUUAUGAAAUUUAUACUAAUCAUUUUGGAACUCGAUUUGACUUACUAGAUUUUUUAAUGGAAAUUUUACUAGUCUUUAAAGAUUUAGUCUCAAAAAGUGUUUUUGCAUCAGAUUGGAGCGAAAUGAUUAUGCUUCAAAAUAGUGUUAUAUUAAAAUCUUUAAGAAUUUUUUCUGGAACGAUACGAGAUUACUUUUUUACGGAUUUCGAACAGCAGGCAUGGUCAAAUUUUUUCCAUUGUGCAAUUGCUUUUCUGACUCAACCAUCAUUGCAGUUAGAAAUGUUUACAGUGACAAAAAGAAAUCGCAUAAUAUCACGUUACAAUGAUAUGAGAAGAGAAAUGGCUUUCGAGAUUCGUUCAAUGUGGUUCAAUCUUGGCCAAAAUAAAAUAUAUUUUGUUCCAAGUUUAGUGGGACCAAUUCUUGAAAUGACGUUAAUUCCAGAAAAUGAAUUGAGAAAGGCAACCAUUCCAAUUUUCUUCGACAUGAUGCAGUGUGAAUUCUACAGCUCUCGAUUAGUAGAAGGGUACGGAGAUACAAAACGUGAUCCAGCACAUAUAAAGGGCAAUUUUCUCGAAUACGAAAACGAAAUGAUUGCACAAUUAGAUAUUUUAAUCGAAGGAGGUAGAGGAGAUGAACAAUUUCGUUUGCUUUGGAUGCAAGUUAUGGGAUCGCUUUGUGAAAAUCACGCUACAAUGCGUGAACAAGGCUUAAGAUUCGUUGAUAUUGUAGCUAAAUUAAUGGAACGGUUGUUACAGUACCGAGAUAUUAUUAAUGCAGAGUCUCAAGAGCAUCGGAUGAUGUGUACUGUUAAUCUUUUAGAAUUUUAUUCGGAAAUUAACCGGAAAGAGAUGUAUAUUAGAUACGUAAACAAGCUUUGUGAAUUACAUUUGGAGUGUGAUAAUUAUACGGAAGCCGCCUAUACAUUAAAAUUACACAGUCAAUUACUAGACUGGAGUGAUCAACCGCUGCCGCCUUUGUUACGGUCGAACCGUUAUCCACUUUGUCAGACUCAUCGAGAAUUAAAGGAAGCUCUAUAUAACAAUAUUAUUGGUUACUUUGAUAAAGGAAAAAUGUGGGAAUGUGCUUUGAGUGUUUGCAAAGAAUUAAUUAAGCAAUAUGAAGAGGUAACGUAUGACUAUCUUCAAUUAUCAUUUCUGUUAAAGCGGAUGGCCAAAUUUUAUGACUCGAUUGUAAAACAAUUAAGACCGGAACCUGAAUAUUUUCGAGUUGCUUAUUACGGUCGUGGCCAUUUACCUUUUCUUCAAAAUAAAAUAUUUAUUUAUCGAGGAAAAGAGUAUGAAAGACUUGGUGAUUUUUGUUCACGGAUAUUAAAUCAAUUGUCGAAUGCAGUGCAAAUGAACAAAUUAUCACCGCCUUCUCCGGAAAUGUUAGAAUCUAACUGUCAAUACGUACAAAUAAAUAAAGUAGAGCCAUUAAUGGACGAAAAACGACAUAGAUUAAGUGGAAAGCCAGUUACUGCCGAAGCCGUAUUGCGAUAUCAUCGAGUUAAUGAUGUCCUUCGAUUUCGUUUUUCAAGGCCUGCACCAAAAAAAUCCAAAAUGCCAUGUGUAUCAGUAUUUUCUACGUCAUCCUCAUCAUCUUCAGUGCUUUCUAUUAAAUCAGAACGAGAAAUCGUUGAAGAUAACGUUAAUGAUAGAAAAAAUAAUAAUGUUCGAAGUAAUACAAAUAGUAAUAGUAGUAGUAGUAACAGUGCUAAUGACAAUAAUGGUGAUCAUGGUGAUGAAGAUGACAAUACCGAUGAUGUUGAUAGAGAUAAUAAUAAUCUUAAUGAUAGUUAUGUUAGUAAAAAUGAUAAUACCAAUGACACAAACGAUUUUGCGUCCUUAUGGUUAGAGAGAACUGUUUUGGUAACAAGUAAUACGUUACCAGGAAUUUUACGAUGGUCUCCAGUGAUAUCAAGUGAAACAUAUCUUGUAAGCCCUCUUUGCAAUGCAAUAGAAACAAUGGAAGCUUCAAAUGCCUCAUUAAGGGAUUUAAUUAUUACUCAACAAGCUGAUCCUAUUCUUCCUUUAAAUCCAUUGAGCAUGAAAUUGAGUGGAAUUUUGGAUCCAGCGGUAAUGGGGGGAGUUUAUAACUACGAAAAAGCUUUUCUUAACUCCUCUUUUAGAGAGUCUCAUCCAGAAUCAAGCUCCGAUUUAUUGAAAUUGUCUAGUUUAAUUGCUGAACAAAUUCCAUUACUCGCAGUUGGCUUGCAACUUCACCGAUCAAGAGCUCCGCCUGAAUUAUCACCAUUCCACCAAAGGUUAGAACAAUGUUUUGCAUCUAUGCGUGCUCAAGUUGAAGCGAAGUAUGGCAAACGAACUUGUGAUCUCCAGAUUGAGACUUUAACGAGCACUGUAACAAUGAGAAAGCAAAAUAAAAAGAAUGAUAAUUAUUCUCGACUUUCGGAGACAAGCGUGAUGAGCACAGAGACAAACAGCUCUGUAAGGUCGCAUAUCUUAUCAACAGCUUCGCUCCAGAAGGCUUUAGGAGCAUCGGGUGGAACGACAAAAAAAAAGGAUUCCAAGAGGCGUAGUUCCCGCAAGAGUGAUUCCAGUAGUAUGAUUAAACAAGAUUUAUCCACUAGCCAAUGGUACACUUCAUCUACUGCAACUAAUUCUAUUGAAAUAACUCCACAGUCUCCAACUUCAACCAUUGUCUCAUCAACAAUAAGCCUUUGUACGACUCCAGUGAUUGAAUUAAGGCAAGAAUUGACACCAUCGCGACCUUUGAGAUCAGAAGCUGAGAAAGAGAAACGUGUUAGCAGUCGAUGGUCGUUACAAUCUCAAAACUAUCUCAGGAAUUCGAAUGAUGAGCAAAGUGAUUCUAAAGAUUCUGGGAAAAUAAAUCGAGAUAGCGUGGGGACAACUGACAGCACUGCUUCCGAAGAAGAUACACCACCCCCCUUACCAAUUAAAAUGCGAGAGAUUGAUUAUUGUGGUUAUGGUAAUUAUUCACAGCUUUCACCAAGUGCUAUUAAGUCAAUUAUUAAUAAUAAUAGUAAUUCAGAGGCUAAAGUAGCAUCAUCCUUGUCGCUUAAUGAAAGUUUUCAGAGCUCCGUCAAGCCUCCAACACCACCACCAAAGCCUAAAGUUAGUCGGUUAUUGAUCCAGAAGAAUCACUUGAAUUUCAAUAAAAAUUCAAAUCACAAUCUUUCAAUUAACUUGUUACCGCCAGACUGACUUUAGUACACAUUAGUUAUAUGAUUUUGCAAGUUUAUUUUUUAGAAAAUGGGCAUAUUAAUUUAUAUUAUUAAUUUUUAAUAUAAAUUGUGCCAUUAAAAGUGAAAAAGAUUAAGUGAUUGUUAAUGAUUAAUAUUACUAAUAUUUUUAUUACUAUUUAAAUUGUUCCAUCAUGUUAAAUACUUACAGUUACUUUAAUUUUUCGCAUUAAAAAUUAGUCUAUACUUGUUUUGUCAAUCUACCAAAUUAAAACAAAUACUUUAUUG